AUGGUUGUUGGUGAGGCGGCCGGCGGCGGCAACGAGAUGAGCCUGUCCAACAUGGUGCUGGGCUUCUACGAGGAGGCCGAGAGGGAGAUGAGGUGGCCGGAGGACGCCACCGCUACCGCCGGCGAUGGCAGCGACGACGACGACGAAGGGUCCAGCCCCAGAGGCGGGCGCGCCGAGAGCGCGGAGUUCUGGCGGGAGCAGCGCUCGCUGCUGCAUGCAGCGCUGGCCAAGACGAGCUCCGCCGAGAGCCGGAUCCAAGCGGACACGGAGGAGGCCGUCAGGCAGAUGCGCGCCACGCCCGGCGGCGUCUGCUCCUGCGUGACCCGCGAGGCCCCGGCCGCGGGAGGCUGCCGGGGCUGCGCGCUCCGCUUCGUCGCCGAGCGGCUGCGCGACGCCGGCUACAACAGCGCCAUCUGCAGGUCCAAGUGGUCCCGCACUCCGGAAAUCCCCUCAGCUAUACGGAGUAGGCUGCAAGUGGAAAGGGGAGCACAGCUACGUGGGAGUGGUGGUGCCGACGAGUUCGAGAUGGCGCGGGGCGGCGCGGAGUACAGGGCGCUGGUGGCCGCGCUGCCGGACCUGUUCGUGGGCCGCUCGGAGAAGCUGCGGGCCGUCGUCAGGCAUAGCCGUUGUGGCAUUCCCUACCACUCGCCUGCCGCCGCCUUCUCCAGCGGCGACCACCUCCGCUUCCUCCGCCCCGGGGCCCUCGCUCGCCUCGCCUCCGCGACGUCAGACUACGCCACUGGAGUCCCGCCGCCCGCCCCUGCCCUCAUCGCCGGAGUCAGGAUGGCGUCCUCCUCGUCACCUCCUCCUACAACUGGAGACCGCGAGGGCGUCGCGGCCGUGCCGUACUUCAUGCUCGCAUCGAGGCUCCACGCGCCCCGGUGCCACCAGCGGAAGAAGCUCGCGACAUCCAAGCCCGUGGUGCUCUUCGCUCUUCGCUUCUCAACGCGCCUAACAUGGUGGCCGCCUCCCACUUGA